GCGCUUUGAAACGCUUUCAAAAUAUCGCAGCUGGGUUACUCAGUUGAGCCAUGCCUUGUGGGGACUGCAGCUUUUCAACAGGCCUAUGAACGCACUAAAACACUGUUAGUAUGCACAAACAUCGCCAUAGGCGACGAAGCAACUUCAAGGGAUGUUGCGCGUAUAGGAUAGAAACAAGCCCAUUGAAGCACGAUAUUGCAGAAAUGAACAAAGCAUAUGACAACGAUAAUGCACUGGUCGGCCUUUGCUUCCUGCCGAAGAAGCUGCCGCGAGUGCUUACGCCGCUGCUGCGGAGCCAGGCGGCCGCGGCAGGGCUGCAACUUGUGGCGCUGGACCCGCGCACCGGGUCCGACCUGGACUUGCAGCCUCAGCCAGGCACAGUGCUCCGCGACGGCACUGCGGCAGACGCACCAGCACCGGCAGUAGCACCAGGGUCGGUGGCAGUGGGGCAAGCUGAGGAGGUGGCGCCAGCAGGAGUGGCUGCCGCGGACAGCGCGGUGGCGGGGAGCGUGGCGGCUGGUGCUGGGGACAUGGCCAGGCUGCAGCCGCCGUUGGGCCUUGCGACCCCCCGCAUGCCCUUGGACGUCAUUGUGCAUAAGCUGCACCGGGAUGAGGCAUGGGAGACGUCCCUCGCCGCCUACGCCGCUGCCCACCCCGCCACGGUCAUAUUGGAUCCGCCACCUGCCAUUCAUGCCACGGAGGACCGGUCCAUGAUGCUGGCGGCGGCGGGCGUGACGCUGCGCGUACCGCUACUGCCGCAUGCGCCCAUCACCUCGGGGCAACAGGUGACGCACCCCGUUUGCAGCGGCAGGGAUGCCGGAGGGGAGGCGGGAAGCGAGAAGCAGGAGGGCAGGCUGGAGGAGGCGGGUGGGGAGCAGAGCGGCGAGGUGGGGCAGCAGGACGCGGACGUUGUGGAGGUGUGUGUGGAGGCGCCGCCGCAGGUGGUGGUGCAGACGCGCGAGGAGCUGCGCCGGCUGGUCGAGGAGGGUUGCCGCCGCAGCAGCAAUAUUUCAGGAUCCGCGGUGGGGGGCCUGCGGCCGCCGCUGCUGCUUAAGACGCGGUGCACGGACGCCGCGGGCGGCAGCGGCCACGGCGUGGCGGUGGUGCGCAGCUGGGCGGAGCUGGAGGAGCAGGCGGCGGCGCUGCAGCCCCCGGCGCCAACACCAACACCAACACCAUCUGGGUCGUCACCGGUCCAGGCGGCUGCUCCUGGGGCAGCGGCGGGUGCUGUGCCUGGUGCAGUCGCGCCAGUACUGGCACCAGCCGCUGAGGCCGCCGCGUUUGAGCCGCUGGUGGUGCAGCAGUACGUGCCGCACACGCAGGCCCUGUACAAGGUGUAUGUGCUGGGCCGCCACGUGCGGGUGGAGCGGCGGGCCACCCUGACCGCCGGGCAAGUGGCAGCCGCGCAGGGGGAGCUCGCAGCAGCGCUGCAGGAUUGCAGGCGCGAUGAGGACACCGCCGCCGCCGCCGCCGGCGGCAGCCACGGCAUGCCGAGCGUUAUACACCGGAUCAGCACCACGCCACUGGCCCGCGCAACCACUGGCGCUAAAGCAAGUGCUGGUGCGUCUGCGGCCCACCCGGCUGCGGCUGAAGACGCCGUUGGCAAUGCCCCCGCUGCUGCAGCUAGCGGGGGCGCAGACGCCUGCGCACCAGUGGUGGAUGAGGCGGUAGAUGAGGCGGUGAUGGCUGCGGUAGCGCGGGCACUGUCCGGGCAACUGAAUCUUACCAUGUUCAAUUUUGACAUUAUCCUGCCUGUUGAUCAAUCUUCGGCGAGCGGCGCGGAUGUGGCGGAGGCUGGAGACGCAGGGGCAUCCGAAGCUGGGGGCCGCGCGGCGAAGCGCCAGCGGCACGCGCAAGAACAAGAGCCGCAGCAGGGGCGGACGCCGCGGCGGCUGCGGCUGUGUGUGGUGGAUGUCAACUACUUCCCGGGAUACGACAAGCUGGAGGGGUGGGAGGAGAUGCUGGUGGAGCAUCUGCGGGCGGCGGCGGACAGGGCGGUGGCGGCCCGGCGGGCGGCGGCGUGCGCAGCCGUUGGCUGACAGUGCGGAACGGGCUUCGGCGUGAUUUUGUUAUGCGAUACGGUUAAGGUGAGGGGUUGCAUCCUCAGAAUCAAGUGGAUUGGCUGUGAGCAUGUGACCGGAACUGGUUGAAACGGAUGUUUCUCGGAUAUGGUUUCGGGGCUGUGCAGUUCCUGCUUGGUCGGUCGAACCGCCGAGAAACGGAGAGACGCGAAGAGAUGCGGCGAGCCGGCGACACGGCGACGUGGAUAGGGACGGGGCGCAAGGGAUGGUGUUGAACUCAGUUUGAGCGGCUCCAACCCGCAGAGCCUUAACCGCGCAAGGGCAACGGCACGACGCGCCCACGCAUAUAAACACAGCGCAUUCCCACCCAGGGCCAGACUCCGUGGCUUUGGGGCUGGACCCUGAACAGCACUAAAGAUACGCGCCC